UAAAAAAAAAAGGCUAUACCGCCUCUCCCCAUCUCCUUGCCGAGCCCCACAGCCCCCUCGCUUCUUCCUCCUCGCGCGCGAGCGCCGCCACUCAUCCCGCUGCCGAGCGCCCGAGCCUACUUCGUCUUCCUCCUCGCUCGAGCGCCUCCACCGCAGGGGAGGGAGGUUCUGAUUGGUGUUGAUUGUAGACUGGUGAUGGGGGAGGCUGACGAUGCUAGGGACGCGGUAGUGGAAGAGAUGGAUGUGGACGGUGGCGAGAGGCACCGUAGCAAGGAGAGGAGGGAGAGGCACAGAAGGGAGGAGAAGGAUCACCAUGCUAGUGGGAGGAGGGACAGGGAUAGGGACAAAGAUAAGGAUGAGAGAAGGAGGGACAAGGAUGAUAGCAAGCAUAGGGAUAGGGAUAGAGAUAGGGAGAGAGACAGGGAUAUCAGCAAGCACAGGGAAAGGGAUUCAGAGCGUGAUCGUGGCCGCGACCGUGAUCGAGGGAAGGAUCGGGAAAGGGAUACAGAGCGGGAGCGUGAUAAGGAAAAGGAGAGGAGGGAUAGGGACAAGGAGAGGAACCGCAACCGAGACAAGGACAAGGAGAAAGAGAGACCGGAGAAGGAGGAUAGAGAACGUGAGAAGUCAAGGGGGAAGGAUCGACAAGAUGCAGAUUUGUCUAAGAGCGACGAGGGAGACCAGAAGAAGGGAGUUGAUCCUCCGCGGGAGGCUGAGCAGACCUCCACAUCUACCCUCAGGGAACGCAUUGAGAGGGCAAAGGAAGAAAGAUGGAAGGAUAAAAAGGAAGGGGGCAUACUGGAUGACAAAGAUGAUGCUUCUGAGAUCUUAUCAUGGGUAGGCAAGAGUCGUAAACUUGACGAAAAAAGACAAGCUGAACAAGAGAAGGCAUUACGUCUUGCACGAGUAUUUGAGGAACAGGAUGACAUGUUAGCAGAAAAUAGUGAUGACGACGAUGAGGAGGAUAAACACGGCGGAGACCACUUGUCUGGAGUGAAGGUUCUUCAUGGGCUUGAUAAGGUCAUAGAAGGCGGAGCAGUUGUCAUGACUCUCAAAGAUCAGAGUAUUCUGGCUGAUGGGGAUAUCAAUGAAGAGGCUGAUAUGCUUGAGAACAUUGAGAUUGGUGAGCAGAAGCAAAGAAAUGAAGCCUACAAGGCUUCACAAAAGAAAGGAACAUAUGAUGACAAGUUCAAUGAUGAUCCGUUGUCAAAGAAACCUAUGCUCUCACAUUAUGAUGACCCAAUGGAAGAUGAGGGAGUGACACUUGAUGAAGGUGGACGCUUCACUGGUGAAGCAGAGAAGAAGUUGGAAGAGCUCCGCAAAAGGAUUGAAGGUGGACAUGUUCUGAAAAAGACAGAAGACCUUACUUCUGCAGCAAAGAUGGCAUCAGAUUACUUUACACCUGACGAAAUGCUUCAGUUUAAAAAACCAAAGAAAAAGAAAUCCAUUAGGAAGAAAGAAAAGCUAGAUCUCGAUGCACUUGAAGCAGAAGCGAUUGCUUCUGGACUCGGAGCAGCUGAUCUUGGGUCCAGGAAAGAUGGUAAACGGCAGUCUGCUAGGGAGGAAGAGCAAAAGGCUGAUGCUGUAAAGAGAAGCAGUGCAUAUCAAAUAGCCAUCACAAAGGCUGAAGAGGCAUCAAAAGCAUUGCGAGAGGAGAAAAUGUCUGGUAAAUCUGCUCAAGAGGAAGAACUGGUUUUUGGUGAAGAUUAUGAAGAUCUGCAGAAAUCUCUGGAGCAAGCAAGGAAGCUAUCUCUAAGGAAGCAGGAAGAGGCUGCAGGUUCUGGUCCUCUGGCCUUCGCAGAACUGGCUAGUGCAAACAAGGGCCAGGCAGAUGCAGAUGCAGCAGAGAGCUAUACACAGCAGAAUAAGGUUGUUAUCACGGAGAUGGAAGAGUUUGUGUGGGGCCUGCAGUUGAAUGAAGAAACACGCAAGCCAGAAGCAGAAGAUGUGUUUAUGGAUGAAGAUGAUGAUACCAUGCCUUUAGGUACUCUAGCAAAAGAUGACAUACGCGGUUUGCCAGUGAUCAAAGAAGAAACCAUCGUUGAAGACCCAGUAAAGGAUGAAGAGGAAGAAGUCAAACCAAAUGAUGUUGUACAUGAAGCUGCAGUUGGCAAGGGUUUGGGUGGUGCUUUGAAGUUUCUUCAGGAGCGAGGGACCCUCAACGAGGGCACAAAUUGGGGAGGCAGAACCACCGAUAAGAAGAAAAGCAAGCUUAUUGGUAUUGAGGAUGGACCAAAAGAAAUUCGCAUAGAAAGAAUGGAUGAAUUUGGUCGAGUGAUGACACCUAAAGAGGCAUUUAGGGAUCUUUCGCACAAAUUCCAUGGCAAGGGGCCAGGUAAAAUGAAGCUGGAAAAACGGCAGAAGAAGUACCAGGAUGAUUUGAAGACAAAGCAAAUGAAAUCUUCUGACACGCCUUUAAUGUCCGCGGAAAAGAUGAGAGAGGCUCAAGCUCGUGGCCAAACACCAUACCUUGUUUUAAGUGGCAAUGCAAAAUCAGGUUCUACGGGUGACGCUAGUGGCUUUGCCAGCGUGGAGAAAGCGCAUCCUGGGAGCCUGACGCCCAUGCUUGGGGACAAAAAGGUUGAGCACUUUCUGGGCAUCAAACGAAGCGCCCAGGCUGGAAGCAUGCCUCCGCUACCUCCAAAGAAGCCCAAGAACUGAAGUUGCAGUGGACUUCACUGCGAGUAGGAUUGUAGGAGGAGCCAGUGGUACUACUAGCUUUCUAGCGAAUCUGCUGCUCUGCAAUCUUGGGAGCAGAUUUUGAGUCGCCGACAUGGAAAACAGCGCCAGGUACCCACAGCGCCACAUGCAGCAGCAUCCUCAAAUGCGCUCAAAUGUUUGCGAACCUGUAAAUUUUUAAUCCUAAGCUGAUUUUGUGGUUACGGUCUGACACAGGUGAUGUAAUUUUUUGUAAUCCAACGGUACAUAUCCAUGCACGCUCUACCAGUUGGGGAGAGAGAGGGAGGGAGAGAGAUUGAAGAACACAAGUGAUUCAUAUAUGCUGUUUUCCUGCCACAUUAAUUGUGUUUAAACUGGAGUUAUGGUCACUGACAGUUCAAUUUUGGGCAGCUUUUAAUUGUCUGCAUUAAGGUUCACAGACUCUGGUGGUACUUUCAAAAAGUAAUACUAUUGAUUGUCAUCUGGAGGCCAGAUAA